UUUUUCUGAUCCUCCUUCCAAUUACUGUUUACCACGUCCCUGCGGUGAGUCGCAGACUCUUUAUUGUCUAUGCGGCCGCGAGGUCUUGUUGAUUGUGGUCUGGCGCAUGCUGUUGGAUUAUCCUCCUUUCCUCGCCUCCAAUCUGGACGUCAACUGCUUGCCAGCAUCGCCGCACGCGACCUCUUCGACGGCCGCGACACUUCCGUACUACCUUGAGCAGUGUUUACCAUAACGAGGACAUACCAUUUGCUCUUGCUAGUGUCGACAUCCAGUCUGCCUUGCUGUGUUUACUGUUGGGUCAUCUACCACAUCUCCCUACCCAAGCAAAGCCACACCCCUUCGCACUACGUCCAGUCACCCUUAGCGGAAGGGCGGAUGGUGCUGCAGGACGUUGAAGCCAGUGCGCAGAGAUGAUGGCUGUGAGAGCUCCACUGGGGUUCAGUCCUUCCGCGAAUCCUUUGAUCUCUGCCUUUUCGCCCUUUGUCGACCAUCCACACUCGCCGCGACCCAGGAGUGCUGCAGCAUUGGAGCGACCAAUGUCUGCUACUGAGAAGAAUAACACUGCCACGCUGGAGAGUCGUCUCAGAGCACCACCUGCUACUUACAUCACCUCUCCACAAAACCCAGUUGCUCCAUCUCCAGUCAAUUCGGACGUGACGAACUUUGAAGACGUAGACGAAGAGGUAGAAGAGGAGGAACAUGAACAGAGCGGUACAGGAGAGACGCCCUCCACCACCAGCGCAGAACAGACGCCAGCAGUGACAUCUCCUCGGGUAGUAUUGUCGCAGCAGUUCGCGACUCAUUUGAGGGUUGACACCGGCUCGGCUGUGGAAAAGCAGCUCCACGGGCGAUUGGAAGACGAGACAGAACCCCAGUCGGUCAUUCAUGUGCCCACGGGAUUCGGCAAAUUUCCCAUUGAACAAGCCUCUGAAUCCGAAGACGAGGGUCGAGUCCCCUCAAGGGCAGAGACACCCAAGGCCAUGGACGAGAACGCAGCAGACUCUUCGAUGAGGCAGCAGAGGGAUACCGAGAGAGCAAGAGCAGACUCGACCGACUCUCUUGCUUCGGAUGCCACCGUUACGAAGCCCGUGAGUCCAGAGCUUAAACCACCUGCCAGGGCUCACGAACACCCACUGCCUCCUACUCCCCUACAAACCUCACUUCCUGCAUUUCCACUUCAUGACUGGUCACGGACACCCAGAGCCCAGACGAGACAAGACCUUAGCUCCCUGAGUCGACCUGGCUCUAGCCUUGCCAGUAUCUUGGAAGGUGAUGACACUGAUCAUCCAAGCACUGACGAGACCGGAGAAGAAAGCCGAUUCGACACCCAUAUCCUUCGUGAUGCUGAAGCCGAGAUCAAUGCUCUGCGCAACGCAUUGACCGAAUGCUGGACGUUGUGCAAUACGCUGGCCAGUCUAAGCCACAUCCACCGCGAGCGGAUAUUCAAUUUCUCCGGUCGUGGGGACAUGCAAGAGCAAGCCUGGAAGUCAUGCUGGAAAUUAUGCCAGAAUCUAUACAACACACGAGACGAUAAUACCCCUGGCUCCUUUUCCCACAACUCUUCGCGGCCCACCCUUGAUCUCUGUCGAGAUUUCUGUCAAACCCUCUUUGAAGUAAGAGUGCGAGACAAUGAAACAGCCGAUUCAGUUCUGAGGGUUAGUUUCGAGCUCAACAAUCACCUAUACAACACCCACGAUCGGAGCUUACCAGAAGCAUUUCGUGAGAGGACGUUGGACUUUUAUAUCACCUUAUGUCACCGACUAAUGAAACAAAAGGCGAAAAUGGCGGAGGAGACUGAUUCCUUAUUAGGGGCUUGUUGGUCAUUGGCUGAGAUGCUGUUCAGUCUUCGGCAGAGUCGACGCGAAGGGAAGAAGCCAGAUGAAGAGCUCCUGGGGUCGGCCAUACAAGCCUGUUGGGAAUUAUGUGAUCUGUUCAGAGAGGGCUGGACACAAAUUCGGCCUGAGAGAGGUACCCCAAGACCAAGUCAGACGACGUUCACGCAGGCUUUCAAUCAAGCGAAACGAUCUGGCUUUGGUCUAGAUGACAAUGGCAACCCCAAACUGCUUCCAGAAACGCCGACCACCAUCUUUGAGGAUACUGUCACAACCAUCUCCCCAGACGAAGCACCUAUUCCUAAUAUCCUCAUCCUGGGUGCAGAAGAGGCAUCGAGGAUAUCCAGUUCUUCAGCAUCAUCGACUCCCGCUCCCGUGCAACGACAAGUCUCACCGAACCCGCCCGCCCGACAAACUCACUCCGCUAAUCCAGCACCGAAUACUGCAAAUAAUCCCAGAUGGUCUUCGAACUCAUCGGUGCUGUCCCUUCCGGCUUCUGCUGUCUCGGAAGGUAUGAACCCUGCAUCGGCGACUACAACGUCCACAGUACGUACUCCAGCCGAGGAUCCGACACUGAUCCUCUUGAAAACCUUGUUUGUUAAGGCUGCCCUAGCCACCGGACGAGGCUACACUCGAAAUUCGGCUGAUCCCAACCUCAAUUCUUUGCCAAACUUUGUCAAGAACCUACCGGACAACGCAUUCGGAAAUCAAGCGUGGCAGAUUGCUCUCCUAGAGAACUACCGCAAAACCAUCGCAAAUGAUUCGAGUUUUCGCAAUCUAGGUGUUGCCGGCACGCUAGGCGAGCGAGCCAGAAUCAAUGCCAUUGAAGUGGGUCGAGCCGUGCAUGGUAUGACCAGCUGCGUAUACGGUUUCAAUUGGCUCAGAGAUCUGUACCGUCAUGUCUUCGGCUUUUAUGUUGAGGAAGCAUUGAAAGCAAGCGAGUCUCAUGGCAGACGGACAGGUCGGCCGGGCGGUGCCGCCACGAGCCUUGUUGCUGCUGUAAUGUCUAAUGUUGCGACCACACCUGCCAGUGCAGGCGGUCGUGAUUCCAGUAGUGGCAGCAGCAAAGGAACUAAUGGCGGCAAUGGCAAUGGGCACGGCAGAAGGACGGUGAGUCAGUGACGGACAGACAUACCAUAGUAAGGCGUCGCUCUGGCUGGCCGCCCUAUGUGCGCCCAUUCGGCCGUCCAGGCUCGUUGCGAUAUAGAAAUACAGUAUUUUGGUCAAAAAUCGACAUCUCCGAGUUCGUGAUAAUCCAUAUGAGUGUUUGAGAUGUUGUUUGAUAGCCCUCCUUCUCUGAGGACUAACCUCAAUGGUCAGAUGAAAACGGCCAAUGGGU